ACAUAGGUCCCUUUCAUUUUUAUUCCGGUGUAUAUAAUAUGAGCUAAAAUAACAGUGAAUGUGAAGAGCUUUGAAGUGUAACAGUUAGUACUUCUCUCUCUGCUGUUUAACUUGUUGUAGAUUUGGUGUUGAUAUUUGGAAAGAUGGAAGACAAGUCUGAAGUUCUUGAAGCUGUGUUGAAAGAAACGGUUGAUUUGGAAAGUAUACCCAUUGAGGAAGUUUUCGAGAAUCUGAGAUGUAGUAAAGAUGGUCUUACUAGUUCCGGUGCUUUAGAGAGAUUAACCAUAUUUGGACACAACAAGCUUGAAGAGAAAAAGGAAAGUAAAUUCUUGAAGUUUUUGGGGUUUAUGUGGAACCCUCUGUCAUGGGUUAUGGAAGCUGCUGCAAUUAUGGCAAUUGCUCUUGCUAAUGGAGGCGGAAAGCCUCCUGAUUGGCAAGAUUUUGUUGGUAUUAUUACCUUACUUGUGAUCAACUCUACUAUUAGUUUUAUCGAGGAAAACAAUGCAGGAAAUGCAGCGGCAGCUCUUAUGGCACGUCUUGCUCCAAAAGCUAAGGUUCUGCGGGAUGGAAAGUGGAACGAAGAAGAUGCUGCAGUUUUGGUGCCUGGGGAUAUUAUCAGUAUAAAACUUGGAGAUAUAGUUCCCGCGGAUGCUCGUCUGCUCGAAGGCGAUCCCUUGAAAAUUGACCAGUCUGCUUUGACUGGCGAGUCUCUUCCAGUUACUAAAGGCCCUGGGGAUGGUGUGUAUUCUGGUUCGACGUGCAAGCAGGGGGAGCUUGAGGCUGUUGUCAUUGCCACUGGGGUUCACACAUUCUUUGGGAAGGCUGCUCAUCUUGUAGAUUCCACUAAUCAAGUCGGUCACUUUCAGAAGGUUUUAACUGCAAUUGGAAAUUUUUGCAUAUGCUCUAUUGCGGUGGGAAUGGUCAUAGAAAUUAUCGUACAAUACCCCAUCCAAGAUAGAAAAUAUCGUCCUGGGAUUGACAAUCUUCUUGUGCUUCUCAUUGGCGGAAUUCCUAUUGCUAUGCCCACGGUUUUAUCAGUUACAAUGGCGAUUGGUUCUCACCGUUUAGCUCAACAGGGUGCAAUUACUAAAAGAAUGACAGCAAUUGAAGAGAUGGCUGGGAUGGAUGUUCUUUGCAGUGAUAAAACAGGAACUCUGACACUAAACAAGCUCACAGUUGACAAAAAUCUUAUUGAGGUAUUUGCCAAAGGAGUAGAUGCAGAUACUGUUGUUUUAAUGGCAGCUCGAGCCUCUCGAAUAGAAAACCAGGACGCCAUAGACACUGCUAUAGUCAACAUGCUUGCUGAUCCAAAAGAGGCACGUGCUGGUGUUCAAGAACUUCACUUCCUUCCAUUCAAUCCCACUGACAAGCGUACAGCUUUGACUUAUCUUGACAGUGAAGGGAAGAUGCACCGGGUCAGCAAAGGUGCUCCAGAACAGAUCUUACAUCUCGCACACAACAAAUCAGAUAUAGAGCGUAGGGUUCAUUCUAUAAUCGAUAAGUUUGCAGAGCGAGGGUUGCGGUCACUCGCUGUAGCAUACCAGGAAGUUCCAGAGAGAAGGAAGGAGAGUGCUGGUGGACCAUGGCAGUUUAUAGGUCUCAUGCCUCUCUUUGAUCCGCCAAGGCAUGACAGUGCAGAGACAAUUAGGAGAGCUUUAAAUCUUGGAGUAAAUGUUAAGAUGAUCACAGGGGAUCAACUAGCCAUAGGAAAAGAAACUGGUCGUCGCUUGGGUAUGGGGACCAACAUGUAUCCUUCUUCUGCUUUGUUGGGACAGAACAAAGAUGAGUCAAUUGCUGCCUUACCCAUUGAUGAGCUCAUAGAAAAAGCAGAUGGUUUUGCUGGUGUUUUCCCAGGUCUGCCAUUUCUUGCAUUUUAUUUAUAUGCUUGGAAAACUGAAACUUUAUGCUUGCAUUGGUUUCUGAAGUGCUCUCACAGUUUGAUCAUUUUCUCAGAGCACAAAUAUGAGAUAGUAAAGCGCUUGCAAGCUAGGAAACACAUCUGUGGAAUGACUGGUGAUGGAGUAAAUGAUGCUCCUGCUCUUAAAAAGGCUGAUAUUGGAAUUGCUGUGGCUGAUGCAACUGAUGCAGCACGUAGUGCUUCUGAUAUUGUACUUACUGAACCAGGACUCAGUGUUAUCAUUAGUGCUGUCUUGACCAGUCGUGCAAUCUUUCAAAGAAUGAAAAACUAUACGAUAUAUGCAGUUUCGAUUACAAUUCGUAUCGUGGUUGGCUUUAUGCUGCUGGCUCUGAUAUGGAAAUUUGAUUUUCCACCCUUUAUGGUCCUUAUCAUUGCAAUCCUCAAUGAUGGUACUAUAAUGACAAUUUCUAAGGAUAGAGUGAAACCGUCUCCUCUACCAGACAGUUGGAAGCUUGCUGAGAUUUUUACCACUGGUAUCGUCCUUGGCAGUUACAUGGCAAUGAUGACGGUUAUAUUCUUUUGGGCCGCAUAUAAAACAAAUUUCUUUCCGAAUACCUUCGGGGUAAGUUCACUUGAGAAAACUGCUCACGAUGACUUCAAGAAGCUUGCUUCUGCAAUAUAUCUUCAAGUGAGCACUAUUAGUCAAGCCCUCAUAUUUGUCACAAGAUCUCGUAGUUGGUCUUUUGUUGAGCGUCCUGGUUUGUUGCUCGUUGCGGCUUUUGCAGUUGCUCAAUUGAUUGCUACCUUGAUAGCGGUUUAUGCGAAUUGGAAUUUUGCUGCAAUUGAAGGGAUCGGAUGGGGAUGGGCUGGUGUAAUUUGGCUUUACAACAUCAUCUUCUACUUCCCUCUUGACAUCAUAAAGUUCUUAACCCGAUAUGCUCUGAGUGGAAGAGCUUGGGAUCUUGUUCUUGAGCGAAGGAUUGCUUUUACUAGGCAAAAGGAUUUUGGAAAGGAACAAAGGGAGCUUAGAUGGGCACAUGCCCAAAGAACCCUUCAUGGGCUGGAAGUACCUGACACCAAAAUGUUCAACGACCGAACCAAUUUCACGGAGCUCAAUCAAAUGGCUGAAGAAGCUAAAAGAAGAGCCGAAAUUGCCAGGUUAAGGGAACUGCACACACUCAAGGGUCAUGUCGAAUCAGUAGUAAGAUUAAAGGGCCUCGAUAUCGACACAAUCCAACAAUCAUACACUGUCUAAGAAGAGGAUAAUCAUGUACUCGGGUUACCCUGAAACAUAGUGAGAAUAGUAGUUUUCCUUGAGCUCUUAGGUUGUCUUUUCAUGUCAUUUCAUUUUCUUUGUUUAUAUAAGUUGUUCAUCAGUUGUAUCAGAGUUGGCAAUAUGCCUAAACUGGGAUGUUAACAAAUGUUGUGUUUAUACUUUUUAUAGAGAAAACUUAAAAGGUUUCUUGCA